UGAGACCCUCAUCAUAAACAAAAAUAAACAAACAAACACACAUUACACAUCUUUUCCUUGCUACCCUUUUUUUCUUUAGCUAUAAUUAAUUAUAAGCAACCAUGCUUCUUCUUCUUUUUCUUUCAUUAUAGAUAUGAACAUGGAAGAUCACAUCAAUAAAUCACAACACCAAGUUGAAAUCCCUAUAGAAAAAUUGAGUGCAUCUCUUAAAGGUGCAAAGUUUAAGAAGGCUAUGAUUGAUGAUAAUGAGAAAGUAUGUGAAGAACAAGUUGAAAAAAAUGAAGAGAAAGGAGAAUGUCGAUAUUGUCAUGAGGAGGAAUUUGUUUCUAAACUUGAAGCACCAUGUAAUUGUGAUGGAAGCUUAAAGUAUGCUCACAGAAAAUGCGUGGCCCAUUGGUGCAACAUCAAACGCAACACAAUAUGUGAGAUAUGCAAGCAGAACUUUACCUUCUUCAUGAUUGGGAUCAUUCAGGCUUACUUUCCAAAUUAUUCAGUGAAGGGGCCUCCUCCUUAUGAUGACGAAAUACUCAUGAGUGAAAGAUGGGCAAUUCCGGGGACAAACAUUAGAAUGGUGUCACCACUGCAGCAGACGGAGCGUAGCAUGAAUCGCCUUAUUCGAUCAAUGAAUUCCGACUUCACAUUGAGAAAUCCCACCGGAGGCGUCAUUUUCGGAACAUUACUCUUUGUGUUUGUUGUAUUGUUGGUUAUAAGGGAUGCAUACUACUAUACACCACCCAAGGAGGACAAAAUUUCUCACAUUAUGUACAUUGCUGUGGUGAUUCUCAUUGUGCCGGCCUAUAUUUUAUCAUGGAUUUUGGAAUGCAGAACUCAGAGAUAGCGUCGGCCGCGACGAGAGCCAGAGGAAUAUGGAAAGGAGUCUAACUGCAUCAUCGAAUGUAAAUAUUCUUGAAAUGUUGAGACACUAAUCUCCACCUUGUUAUGGAAAGAAGGAUAAGAAAUGUAAUAUAUUAGUAUUAGUAGUAAGUAUAUAUAGUUGGAAUUGUACAUUUUCAACUUUAAAUUUUUUCUUUUCAGUUUUCCUUGUUCUGUAUCUUUAAUUAUAUAAAUAAUUAGAGUCUUUGUAUGUUUGUAAAAAAUGAUCAUUUCUAUAUGCA